AUGGAAGAAACCGUCCAAGAUCAACCUUAAAGACGUUAGUCUAAUCUUCUGAUUCAAGACACUCCAGUUAGAGAGUUUUAGCAGAGAUAGCUUGAGAGAAAUUUUAGUCCACCAUAGAAGCAUCUAUCUGAUAAAAACAUUUAAAAUUUGUCAGCUAUUAAGCAUUAGUAAAGUAUGCAUCCGCGUUCAACUCUGCAAAAUUAAUCUACUUUUAACAAGUAAAAUUAAAAAAAUGGAAAAGAUGAUAAUAUGGAGCAAGGAAGAUUUAGCAUAAUACAAUCGUCGAAUUUAUCAGGGAAAAAUAGAGAAGACAGACCAAAAUUAUUGGAAAGAAUAGGACAGGAGAGUCUUAAUUAAGAUAAGUACAGUAACUAUUUGGAUUAAAAUAAUAGUAAUCUCAUGGUCUAUUCAAAUCAUUCCAAGAAAGAUUCAUUUUCAACACUAUUCAGGUUUAGCAAUAAACACAAGCAGCCUAGAGCAUCAGGAAAGUCACAGCAAGAGCAUACCAGAGGUAGCAAUGGCAAAUUCGCCAUGAAGCCUUCUAAUAAAUCCAUUAUGAACAUUAAAAAUAGUAUAAAAGUUGCUGAGAGUGUAAAGUAGAAAUUCCUCUAUCUACUCGGCUAGAAAAAUAGUAAUUAUGAAUAGCCUUAGAGCUAGAAUAACUUAGAAUUGACAGAUAGGAAUCAAUAGUAGGAUGGCUAAACUAUCCCCGAGACUCAAAUGAUAAAUAAUCUUACAAACAUGGAUGAAAAAGGAUUAAUGGCUUCAACCAGAAAAAAUUAAGCCAGAUUUCUAAGUUAGGACUUAAAUUAUUUUGAUGAAAACGGAAGUAAACUUCCUAGCCAAACUAAUUUAGACCUACAAUUAAUAAAGUCAAGAUCAGCAGAAAAAGGUGAUGACAAUCAAAGAGAUAUGGAGCUAAUAACUAAUAUCAAUUAGAAUCUAAAUCUAAAUAGGAAAAAACUAUCUGGAAAUUCUAGAAAGGUAAAUCUUUCAGCUAAAACAAGUGGACUCAGCUAAAUAAAGCUUAAUCCUGAUGCUCAGUCUGUUCUUUAAGAUAAAACUAAAUGCUUCUCAUUUAAUACUAGGCCUAAAGAGGGUUUAUUUAUAUAUGCUAAUAAGAUGAUAAAUGAUGAAGAGCUUCAUGAUUUUUUGCUUACUGUUGUAGAUGAAAAUAUAGCCAAAUUUUCAAUUACAAAUGGUUAAUUAACUGACAUUGGUAUAGUUAUUCUAUCUAAUUUCUUUGGAAGAAAAUCUAAUCUUCAUGUUUUAAAGCUCUAUAACAAUAUCAUGAAUGUUAUUCUGAGUAAUAUAGAGGUACCACUAUUACCAUUAGGAACUAUAAGUCUUGCAUAAUGUAUUGAAGUUAAUACUAAGCUUACCUCCCUUGAACUGCAUGGCUUCUUUUUCCAUGAGCCUGAUUUUCCACUUUUAGUUGAUGCUCUCAUGCAUUGUAAUAAUCUAAAGAAUAUCCAAUUUUCAAACAACAAUGUAUUGGACUCAGGAGCCAAAUAGUUAUGUAGACUAUUAGAAAAAUCUCAUAUAAAUCCGAUUGAACUUGAAUAAUUGACUAUUUACAAUAACAACAUAACAGAUGUAGGAGCGACUGAUCUAGCAACAGUAAUGUAAGAGAACACAUCUCUAAAAAUUCUCAACUUACAAAUGAACUUUAUUAAAGACUCUGGCGCACAAUAAUUUUUAGAUGGUAUCUAGAAUAAGUACUUUUAAUAGAUUUGGAAGAUCAUCCUUUUGGACAAUAAGUGCACUGAAUAAUUCAAAAAGAAGGUAAAGAAAACAGAAGUUAUCAUUAUAUGA